GGAGCUGUUCUUCUGUGUGUGGUAGCAACUGUCACGUCAACGAAGCUGAUUGCAGACUCUACCUAAUAAGUGUAGGCAGCAGAUGACAGCUGCUAUCGCAGAGCAAAGUGGUGGUUUUGGCACUCUGCUUUCAAAAGCCAUUUAACAUUAGUAGGUGGCCUUACUAUUUUGGCUGUAUUCAAAGCACUGCAAUGCUUGGAAACAUCCACCUUAUUUGCUUGACAGUUCAGGUAGAAAUAAAAGCAUCUUGACAGAAGGUGAAUAAAAAAAACCCCCUCUCAUGUUCAUCUUUCUAGGAGCUAGAUUUAGUGGUGAUUUAAGGACAUCUUACAUAGAAAACAGAAGGGAUGAAAAGGCAACGGAAUAGCUAAAUACGAUUCUGCAUGAAAAUGGGGCAAGUGCCAGCAAAGCGGUUCCUCCAGCUGCAGAGUCUAGCUGCAAGGUCAAAACGAAAGUCCACAACAGAUGAGAAACUUAGGCUGGGAAAUUAAGAGACUAAUACACCAUAAUUGGUAUCUUAGGAGCUGUAUGAAUGAAAUAACCUUCCAGCAGCAUGCAGCAGAGAUUUUCACAGUGUCUGAGAAAGCAUGAGAUCGUAUCAGUCUUCAGUGGCAGAUCUGGGCUUCUUCAAAGUUCCUGUCCACUAACCACAGAUGCUUACUGUGAUUUGUUUGGCUGAAUGAAAUAGCCUACAUGAGACUCAUACAGAUGAAUCACCCAUACAAACCUGAAUCACUACCUCAUACUCUGGAUUUAAAUUUAAAACAGACAAAAGAGUAUUCCCAGCCUCAUUUGGAAGUCCUGCUCAUACAACAAGCCAUCAGAAGUGGCAGAAGGGAGAGCACCAAGACAAGAAACAGUCCGAUUCAAGAUGGGCUCCAAGUUGGUAUUCACACUGACAUUUCUCAAGCAAUCUGGGCGCCUCUAAGGGAACCUGCUUUCUCCUCAGGCAGAGUGUGGGCUGAUGCUUUGCCACUCCACACACCUACUUCCUGCAAUCCUGGCAAUUACCAAUAGUGUAAAACCCAGUUUCUGACGUGGCUGACUCAGCAAGGGCUUGGCUCAAAACAAAUACAUACGCACAAGGAACUGCAGCCUGGGAAGCAGUGACAGGAGGCACAUGAAGAGAAGAAGGCAUUGCGGAUUUUUAGCAUUCUGGGUUCAGCCUGGCUGAAUCGCCCCUGGACUUGCUUCUUCCAACAUCUCAGCACACUGGUGAAUGUGGUAGCUACAAGUUCUCCAAGUGUUUCAGCCGUUUCUCCUCUCCGCCUGUUGGACUCAGGUGCUGCUCCGACACAGCCUACGGGAACAGGGAAGGAAGAGGUUGUUCCUGUUGUGUGGCUUGCUGCUGAUCCUGCGACUUGAAGUCCCAACACCUGACUGUGAAGAGUCAACAGUCUCCUCCUUUCGUUGCCUUUCAGCAGUAUGGAUACUUGGCGAAGAGGGUCCAUUAAGUCCACCACGUUCUUCAGACGUUUCUCACUCAGGAGACACAAAAAGCUGGGCAAUCAAGUCAUCAUCCUGAACCAGAACAGCCACACUCUGGACAGUGAUGGACAGUGCCAGAAGAGGGAAUGCUUGAGGGAUCUGAAGGACAAGUCUGAUUACCUGUCAUGUCAGAGUGAGCAAAACCUAGCCAAGGUACAAGCACCUCCCAAGCCUCCCCGGCUUUACCUGGACAGUUCUAGCUGCCCUAACAUCAUCGACCACACAGAUUCUCACUCUGACAUCUCCUUUUCUGGUGCUACCCAUCAAUACCACAAAGCCACUCAAACUCAAUUCCACAAGGACCAGGCUACAGACUGCGGGACCUCAGAGACAGGUUCCCAGAAUGGCACCACUCUUUCCGAUCUGUCUGAUCCCUUCCUGUCCUUCAAAGUGGAUUUGGGGCUAUCGCUUCUCGAGGAUGUUCUGCAGACCCUCAGGAAACAGAAUCCGAGAGAUUACGCCAUUUGAAGGUAUUCAUCAUUUAACGUGUCACAUUUACUUACUGCUGCUGCCAGUCUCUCUAGCCCGAGCAGAAGGAAGGAUACUGCAGCAUUCCUGUUGUGUGUGGCCUGUUUUGUUGUUCUCACCUUCAUCACCACGGACUGUCCCUGUCCUUGCCAAGGAGUCCCUCAGAGCAGAGCUCACAGGCUCCAUGCUCAGAUGAGAGCACUGUCUGCUGGAACCUUGUGGUCAACUCUCCACACUGGGAAUUUCCCCCUCUUGACUGUGCAUCUCCUCCUCAUGGAAGAAUGGCAUUGUUUGGUAAAAGACUUGUUAUUCUGGGGAUGUGGCUGUGACGCUGCAGAGCAGGGACAGAAAGGGAUAUGGCAUACAGAACUCGUGGGUAAGCAGGCAGCUUGCAAGGAGACAGUAGCAUUGCAUCUCAAAGCCAUAGCUGUGGCAAGGGUCAAGAGACAGAACCUGGUGUUUCUUCUCCUACCAUGUUUGGAUGCAAAAAAAUCAAAGCUGUUCCUCCUUUUUUUUUUUCUUUCUUUUUUUUUUUCCCUUGUGGGUUUCUUUUCCCCUAACUCAAGUGCAGUUGGCACUGCCAGCCUGGAAACAGGUAAGCACGCACGUAGGCUCGUAAUACAGCGACAGCAGUUUAUUCAUCCUACUAGCAGGGGAAGAAAAUUCUCUAGAUACUGCUGCUUGAAGCAUGCACUGAUCUAUCAGCUGUACAGAUAUGGAAGAAUAAAUGUAUCUGUGACUGGAA